CAACUCGGUUCUUUUUAUUAUCACAUGAAAAAUAAAAUAAGAAAUAAUCCAUUUAAAUAGCAAUAUAUGCUAAAAGUCUGCUAUUAUCUUCUAGUCAUAGAUAAAAUUACCAAUAAUAGAAGUUAACAACAAUUCUAAGGUUACUUUUAAUACAUCCUAUCUAUACAAAUUAGUCGUUUUACAAAAUGCCUGUUCCCGGUGGAGUUUAUCAACAACAAGGGCCCUCGUGCAUGGAUAGGAUGAAAAUGGGAUUUUUCCUCGGAUUUUGCGUUGGGAUGGCUAGCGGCGCCUUGUUUGGGGGAUUUUCAGCUCUCAGAGGUGGACUUCGGGGCAAAGAAUUGGUAAAUACAGUAGGAAAAGUGAUGCUUCAAGGCGGAGGAUCGUUCGGUACGUUUUUAGCCAUAGGCUCGGGGCUUCGAUGUUGAAAUACUUAUACUUAUCGGCAGUAAAUCUCACUCGUAGAGUUACAAGAAAGCAUUGUGAUUAUUUA